AUGCCAGUUAAUUAUAAGAAACUAGCACUUUAUAAAACAGAACAGUGUAGAAAUUGGAAUGAGACAGGCUUUUGUAGAUACGGAGAGCGUUGUCGCUAUGCACAUGGUCCAGACGAAUUACGCAAUAUCUCCCGCCCGAGUCAAUAUAAGACAAAGGCUUGUAGAUCGUAUUAUAAAGAAGGCGCUUGUCCUUAUGGCGUGCGAUGCACUUUCAAACACUUGAGUGAUGUACAUCAACAGUUUUCUUUAACUAGAUUUUUCGAUGAAGGAAUGGAUAUGACGAUGUAUAAUCAAGUAUGGACCUCUGCCCUUAACACAACUCUAUCUCAAGUUGAUCAAUCAGAGACAGAAGAAGAUACUGAUGGUCAAUAUUUCACGAGUGAACAUUUAAUUUAUUAUUUAAAAGAUAUUCUCUAA